UAUUUUAAACUUUAUUAUAGUAUUGUAGCUAGUGUAAAAAUAUGUCUGCAUCAUUUAUUAUUCUUCAACACGUGAUAUUAAUAUGAUAUACUAGGUUCUCCCAUUUUUUAGUCAAUUAGUAAUUGAUUGGUGACAGUGUGAUGACGUGGAGCCGGUGAAAGAGUCUGAGGUGGCGAUUGGUGAGCACCCGGUCUACCAGGAACGCAUGCAGCAGCUGGAACAUAGCGCGAAGUUGAGCAGCGAUUUUAGAAGUCUGCGUCAUGAGAAUGUGGCUCUGCGCGAGAAGCUGAGCGCAAUGCAACGCGUGUGCGUGGCGCUGGACGAACAGUGCCGCGUAGCGGCGGUACGAGCACAGUUCAAAGAUGAUGUCAUACACGAGAUGCGACGCCAAUUACGACAGACUAAGGCAAAACUCAAAGAAGUAUCGGAGUCCAAGAGCCUCAAUACCCAAAAAGUUUCUCAUCAUGAAACACAACGUAAAACGUCUGCCUCGUGCGAUUCGCUAACCAUAGCUUGUGUUCAACAACAACCGCGCCGAAACCGAAGAGUCAGACCAGACAUGGACCUAAAUAAUAACUGGGAUCGAAGCAGCGCCAUAUGUGAUGGAUCAGGAGACGACGGAUCCUUCAAAGCUGAAUGAACUAUUUUGUUCUUUGUAUU